CUGUUUUGAGGGGUCAACACUCACCAACUCAACACUCACAGCUGCAAAUUAUUGUUGUUCAAUGCUGCCCAGAGGGCACUGCCUCCCCCUUUGUGCGAUCAAGCGCGAAACAAGCACGCACAAGUAAGUCAACUGAUGAUAAGUAGUAGUCUAACCGUCCAGCAACAGGUAGGGACAUUUCUUCCGUAAUUUAACAUGUGUCGGAUACUUGCUCUACCAAUGUAAGCUAUUAUAAUAGGCAAGGCAGCGGCUUUAGUACGGUUUUUGUUGUUGUUUUUUUUUCGCGCACCGCAUGCAGGCUCUGUUUUAUCCCACUUCAUUUAUCCACCAAGUCCGCAAUACGCGGAGACUAAAGCGUGUGUCCGUCCCAUUGAUGAGAAAACAAACAGCAUGUCAUCUCCAGACAAGACAACCCAAAGGAAUGAAGUCCUGAAUAACAUACGGAGGUCCUCGAUGGUGGCGGGACAUGGGAGAAAACAGACGGAGUUUGAGAUGUCACAAGCCGCGUCAGCCUCACAACCUGGAGCGCUUAUUUCUAACAACAGGUUUCUGUGUGACGCCGAGGGCAUCACCAUUCACACAACUGUCACUCGACCGUCGGUGUCUCACCUACCCGGGCUCAAUCUGAACCCCCGGAUGUCCGUAUACAGCACAACUCGUCAAGUUACCGUCAGCCGUGCUUACAUUCAAGGACGCGCUUAUAACUUUCUGGAAAGACCAUCUGGGUGGAAAUGCUUCGUGUAUCACUUCUCGGUGUUCCUCAUCGUGCUCGCCUGUCUAAUCCUCAGUGUGCUCUCUACUAUAGGGCAGUACCAGGCUCUGGCACAUGGCACUCUCUUCUGGGUGGAGAUAGCGCUGGUGGUGUUAUUUGGUGUGGAGUAUGGUGUGCGGCUGUGGUCGGCAGGGUGCCGUAGUAAAUAUGUUGGCGUUUGGGGCCGUCUGCGCUUUGCCAGGAAGCCUAUCUCCAUCAUCGAUUUGAUUGUAGUGGUGGCCUCCAUCAUCGUACUGGUAGUAGGCUCCAAUGGACAGGUGUUUGCCACGUCUGCUGUCAGAGGAAUUCGCUUCCUGCAGAUCCUGCGUAUGCUUCAUGUGGACCGGCAGGGAGGGACGUGGCGUCUGCUGGGCUCUGUGGUCUUCAUCCACAGGCAGGAGCUCAUCACCACGCUGUACAUUGGUUUCCUGGGGCUCAUCUUCUCCUCCUACUUUGUGUACCUGGCAGAGAAGGAUGCUGUGGACAGCAAUGGAGCCAAUGAGUUCGGGAGCUACGCUGACGCCUUGUGGUGGGGGGUGGUGACCGUCACAACUAUAGGCUAUGGAGACAAGGUGCCUCAGACGUGGAUCGGUAAAACCAUUGCAUCGUGUUUCUCAGUCUUUGCCAUCUCCUUCUUCGCCCUACCGGCUGGGAUCCUGGGUUCAGGCUUUGCACUGAAGGUUCAACAGAAACAGAGGCAGAAGCACUUCAACAGACAGAUCCCUGCAGCUGCCAUUCUCAUCCAGACUUCGUGGAGGGUCUUUGCUGUGGAAAACCCUGACUCGGCCACCUUCAAGAUGUUUGUGAGGAGGAGACCUGCUCUGCUCAGCUCCUCUGUAUCCAGUCCCAAGCCCAAGAAAACGGUGAAGCUGAGGAGGAAGUUGAAGAGCAGUGAGAAGGACGACGGGCCUGGUUCUCCCACUGUUCCCAGUAUCUCCUACGACUCAGUGUUCAAUAGUGGGAGGGAGCUCAGCUCUGAUGUCUACAGCACUGUGUGUACAGCUGAAGCACUAGGAUGUGAUACCCAGCAGUCCUGGACCUCUCUUUCCUCCCUUACGUUCAGCUCUCCACUCCCAGUGAAAAAGACCCCUGGUUUGUUGGAGGUGCAGCACCCUCGUCCCCUCCAGAGGAACAGCAGCUUUGGGGACGAUCUGGACCAGGAGGACCAGUGUGUUCUGACCCCAGUCACCCACGUGUCACAGCUGCAGGGGAGUCACAGAGCAGCUAUCCACGUGAUCCUACGGAUGCGCUACUUUGUCGCUAAGAAGAGAUUCCAGCAAGCACGUAAACCCUAUGACGUGCGAGACGUGAUCGAGCAGUAUUCCCAAGGACACCUGAAUCUCAUGGUGCGCAUCAAGGAGCUACAGAGGAGACUGGACCAGUCUCUAGGGAAGCUGACCCUGUUCCAGACUAGCUCAGACAAAGUCAAAGACAAAGGCACCAACACCAUCGGCUCCAGACUCAACAGGAUGGAGGACAAGAUACAACGCAUGGACCAGACACUCAACCAAAUCGCAGAGUCCCUUACCCAGCUGUUGUCUGGGACAAGCCAGGGGCAGGGGGACAUGGGGGGAGCACAGGGGCAAGGUAGGAGGAGGUCACAGGGUGGGGCAGGUGUCCCCAGCCAGGAUAGCCUACCCAGCUACGAGCAGCUCUCCACCGCGACCCUCCAUCCACCCCUCAACCUCAACCUCAGCCAAGACAAGAGCUCCUGAAUCGACUCUCCAUCCACCCCUCAACCCCAGCCUCAGCCAGGACAAGAGCUCCUGAAUCGACCCUCCAUCCACCCCUCAACCCCAGCCUCAGCCAGGACAAGAGCUCCUGAAUCAACCAUCCAUCCACCCCUCAACCCCAGCCUCAGCCGGGACAAGAGCUCCUGAAUCGACCAUCCAUCCACCCCUCAACCCCAGCCUCAGCCAGGAGAAGAGCUCCUGAAUCGACCAUCCAUCCACCCUCAACCCCAGCCUCAGCCAGGACAAGAGCUCCUGAAUUGACCCUCCAUCCACCCUCAACCCCAGCCUCAGUCAAGACAAGAGCUCCUGAAUCGACCAUCCAUCCACCCUCAACACCAGCCUCAGCCAGGACAAAAGUUCCUGAAUCGACCAUCCAUCCACCCCUCAACCCCAGUCUCAGCCAAGAGAAGAGCUCCUGAAUCGACCCUCCAUCCACCCCUCAACCCCAGCCUCAGCCAGGUCAAGAGCUCCUGAAUCGACCCUCCAUUCACCCCUCAACCCCAGCCUCAGCCAGGACAAGAGCUCCUGAAUCGACCCUCCAUCCACCCUCAACCCCAGCCUCAGCCAGGACAAGAGCUCCUGAUGCAGAGAAACACCAAAACCAUUUUGACGCUUUCUCUCUUUGUCUUAUUCUGAGAUCAGUGUUCUUCAUGAUAAUGAACCAGCUGUGUAGUGCUAGGACAAAAAACUAAAUGUGCACUCAGUGGGGGCCCCAGGACCAAGUUUGGGAAACCCUGCCCUAGAGAAGAACCGUAUAGACAGGAGAUUUAGCAACUCUUGGAGGACAAUCGAAUGAAAUAAAAAUAUUUAAAAAAUAUUGUUAAAAGUGGAACCAACACGAUUCAGCUUUUGGCCUUUAAACAAAGAUUAUUUCAUUUAAUUCCAAUGUCCUCCCAAGAGUUGCUAUUUCUCCUCUCUACUUCAGUUUGCUCCUCAAUUCAUGCACCUUGGUUGGAGAGCGAGAUAGCGAGCAGGGCUCCCUUCCCUAGAACAGAACAGCGCCUCAGCCUACAGGACAAGCCAGACAAGCUAGACACACCGACGGGACAUAUUUUUCAUAGAUCCUGGAUAUGAUUAUGAUUCUGAAUUCUCAUUUAUUGCAAUUGUCAAUGUUCCAGGGGGAAAUGUGAGCAAGCGCCAUAUUCAAACGCUUUCCCCUCAAUCAAAAGGAAAUAAGAUUAGAGUGCACAUAUAAUAACAUUAUUCCGGCUGUGUAAGAGCAUUGGAAUGUUACAACGUCAAAAAGUAACGGUAGUGUUCUAUUUGAUUUGAAAUAUGUUGAUCUGCAAAGCCAACACUUCAGUAUAAAGGUAGCUAUGUUUUUUGAUGGUGAAUAUGGAAUGAUGUCCAUACUAAAAGUAGGCAGUUAUAAUAACACUAUGUUUUCAAAAGGCUCUCCCAUGUAUGUACUGUCGAAACAUAAACUGAAGUGUUGGGGUCGGGGUGAGGGCUUUUAUGUAGAUGUUCAAAUGCAAUCAAAUUGUGUAGCUAUCCUCUUUUUAUAAAGAUUUUGCAUUGCCAAUAAAUGAAUGUGGCAAAUAUCCAUAACUUCUUAUUGUCAAACAAUUCUGUUCAACCAUGGAUCUUACAUCAAUAAUUCAGUUAUAGAUUAUUACAUCCAAGUUAGGUCAUAUCAAUGUCCCAUUGGAAGCUGUAUGUGUGGAAUGUGCCUUAAAGGACUAUAACAUUUCAGA